AUGGUUAACAAAGCUGUCGUCGCUUCUCUAUUGAUGGGUGCCGCUAUGGCGGUUCCUUAUCCUCCGUCCAUCGACCUGGGGCCGACUGGCCCUGUUCCCGACACCGUCGACUUCUCUCCCAAGAAGCCCAAUGGUGGCAAUUACAUGCCUUCAAAGUCCACCAAUGCUCCUGUUUCCAGGACUGCUGACGCUCCUGCUGUCGGCGACAAGCUGGAAGCCCGAGCAACUGGCGAAAAGGUCACCAAUGGUGUCGCUCGCUUCGAUAACUCAAACAUUACAGACGGAGUCGGCAGCGGUGUUGACUCUUACACCAUGUACUGGGGAGAUGGAAGCACUGGCGCCGGCUGGCCUGCCCAGAGCCGCUGGGUUUCCUUCCAGAACAUGUUCGAUAACUACAAGAAUCAGAUGUUUGCGGCUUGCGCGAACCUGCCAACUCCCCAGCCCAACGAUAGCGGCCCUGAAGUUGGUGCUAUCUGGGAUGGUAUCCAGCAAGCGGCUGCAGCGACUGGAGUAGAUCACAGACUUAUUCUGGCCGUCAUCAUGCAAGAAUCCCACGGGUGUGUUCGUGUUCACACGACGAACGGCGGCGUCCGAAAUCCGGGGUUGAUGCAAGACCACAACGGAUCUGCCACUUGUAAUGAGAAUGGCAGGGUGCAGAACCCCUGCCCUUCAGCGACCAUCUAUCAGAUGAUCAGCGAGGGUACUGCAGGCACCAGCAGCGGCGAUGGCCUCGCCAACUGCAUCAACCAGUCUGGGCGCAACGAUGUUUCAGCCUUCUACCGUGCUGCCCGUAUUUACAAUUCGGGCUCGAUCUCGAGCACUGGGCAGCUCCAGAACGGCAUUGCCACUCACUGCUACGCCAGUGAUAUCGCUAACCGACUGACCGGCUGGGUCAACGCUCCCAAUGGAUGCAACUGCGACAACAACCCUGGUAGCUGUGGAAUCACUACCAACUGA